UCCUUCAUCGGUCCCAGCCUCCCAGCUUCUCUGCCUGCCUCAGCAGCGCCACUACUCCUAAAAUCCCCUCUCUCUCUCUCCCCCUUUCUCUCUCUCUUUUAAGCUGGGGUUAGGCUUCCCUACUUGGUUAAGUUAUAUUACUCCUUUGGAUCCUACCCCUGCUUUUUCUUUUCUGCUUUCUCUCUCUCCCUCUUCAUAUUUCUAUAUAUAUGGAGAGCAAGUUUCACUGUUCGAUACAUAGCCCGGCUUGAAAGCAAGGAGGGGAGGAGAGAGAAUAGAAGCUUUUCUUCUAGGUGUUGUUGGCUUUCUCCUUUGUUUUGUGGGAGUGGGAGUGUGGGGUUUGUUUUUUCUUGUAUAUUUUCUUCAUCUAGGGUUUGGGAGCUCCAACAUCUUGAUAGACAUGUCGAGCUGCAUCGAUGUUGCGUCUGAGCAACUCUGCUACAUCCCUUGCAACUUUUGCAAUAUUGUUCUCGCGGUGAGUGUUCCAUGCAGCAGCUUGUUUGACAUCGUGACCGUCCGAUGCGGACACUGCACCAAUCUAUGGUCCGUGAAUAUGGCAGCUGCAUUUCAAUCACUGUCAUGGCAAGAUGUUCAGGCACCCAACUACACUUCUCCAGAUUACAGGAUUGACUUGGGUUCCUCUUCCAAAUGCAACACCAAGAUGGCCAUGCGAGCACCAGCCUCGAAUAUCUCUGAGGAAAGGAUUGUGAAUCGCCCUCCCGAGAAGAGGCAGCGAGUACCUUCUGCUUACAAUCAGUUCAUAAAAGAGGAGAUUCAGAGGAUCAAAGCCAAUAAUCCAGAUAUCAGCCACAGGGAAGCAUUCAGUACUGCUGCAAAAAAUUGGGCGCACUUCCCCCAUAUCCAUUUCGGUUUGAUGUUAGAAACCAACAAUCAACCAAAACUGGACGAGGGCUCUGAGAAGCACCUAAUGUCAAAGGCUGCACUACGGAACAAAUGAUAGUCUUUAUUCUCCAGGACCAUUUCAGUGGAUAUCCAUGCUACUGAAGUAAAAGAAGCCUGGGGCUCAUUGUGUUCUUAAGAUUAUAUAUUAUGAAACUAUAUAUCCUCUCUUCAUUGUAUUGGGCACAUGCCUAGAAGAUGUUGUUUACAUGAUUUGCAGUAACUAAGCUACUUUUCCUUUGUCUUGUUCAUCAA